CCUCCAUCGAAGCCGCAGCGUCUCAACAUAGACGAUAGACGGUGCUAGGAAAACCCGCAACAUAUACUCAUCGAGGUGUAUGGUAUUCAGCCGAGAAUACGCCCGGAGAUAGACUGGUGGAUGACGCGUAAAGAGCUCUCUAAGAAAUCGUUGCCAGAUAUGUGUCGAACACGUCACACGCAUAUCAGGGAUGAGGAAGCCUCGCUCUUGAUUAUGCUGAUUAGAGAUCCGGUUCAAUAUCCUCACGGUAGAUAGGUAUCUGCUGCGUAGGUAGUGACAAUGAAAAACCCCCCUUCAUAGCUCGAGGAUCAAGAAAAGAGUGUUUAUCAACUGAAACGUGUUCGAAUGUUGUGCAAAUGGCGUGCAUUGGUCUCUUCAAUGAUAUCUCGCAACAUGUUCAAUGUGGGGGCGAGAUGCAGCUAGGGGUGUUGACUUCUGGAUCCUGAAAGACACACCUCGCUUGCGUUCUUUUUCUCAAUAACGCUUUCAAACUAUGUCUAAAUCAUCAUUUUAUUUGAGCUAUAACCUAGCAAGCUCAGCCGGCACGGACCAACUGGAGCUCCCUCGACAUCGUUAACUAUCGCUGCCAUCAACUUCUCCCUUCCUCCCCUGAGUCUCUGCGAAUGUACGGAGAAGUCAAGUGUAAGUGCUAAACAUCUAAACUCUACCUCGUUUCGUCCUUUAUAAAACUACGGAAACUACUAGAAGUAUGAAAAUCUGUGACUUCAUUAUUAACAGCCGCGCCUUUCUACGCCAAGCUCAGCAUAACGUUAUCUAAAGCCAUUACAACAGUGAGCAAAUGGAUGGCGUUGUUGAGAUGAAGGUAUACAUAACAUCAUGCUGGGAGGUAUAUAAUGCGUGCCCUGAGCUGCUGAACGGGGACUCUGUUUUCUUAAGCACGCUGAAAUCAUCAUUAGGCUUUAUUCAAAGAUAUUUUACCAUUUAUAUUUCUCCCAAGACCCGGCUACCCCUACCAACCACGAAAUUUCUGAACAAUUGUUGGAAGAAAAAAAAAAAAAAAAAAAAAAAAAAACCAUGCAAGCUACGAAUAACUGGUCCUUUCACUCCAUCGCCGGAGCAUAUAUGCUUGGCCUAGCGCCUCAUGGAUACUACGUGCUUAAACUAGCUUCAAUGAAACAGAUAUCCAAUGUCCUGCCUCGCGACCACUUCUCCUCACUCAAGGGUCGUAUCCCAGCGGAGACAUGGGGUAAGCUCUUUCGCGCGCACAGCGCGCAUCUGAAUGCGUUAGAGUCCCUUCCUUUGUUUGCUGCUGCAAUGAUCGCAGGAAAUGCCGCGAAGCUGCCUGCCAGCGAUCUAAACCUGAUCGCUGCUGAAUAUAUUGGUGCCCGUAUGAUAUACACCGCGCUGUAUAUGAGUGUCAAGUCGGAAGGUCUCAGCUACUUGCGAAGCGGAGUGUGGGCAUGGAGUAUCGGGUUGCCGCUCUACUGUCUGAUCAAAGCUGGGAGGGCGCUGGCGGGAGGUGAGGGAGAUAUUCCUUAGAUUCUGCUGUUACUAUAGCGGUUGUUGUUGGUGUCGCAUUUUUCCUUUGCAUGCCUGUAUAUAUUAUCGGGGCGAGAUUAUUUGAGAAAGAAAUGGUGGUCAGCGUUGGUUUUGGCACAAUAAAUAGUGGGCCUUUGCUGCACAUCUCACUAUACAGCCCCCAAUUUUUGACAUAGAGGACAGUAGUAUCAGAGGGCUUGAAGAUGUUCGGAGGCAUCGAACUACCUUAAGCAUGCAUAAUACAUACUCCAUUAUAACUGUUUUGUUUCAAUAUCGAAUUUUUAACAUCAAAGUAGAAUCGGCGGAGCGUUGCUGUUGGA